AUGAAUGAUGACUUAAAAUCAUUUAUUAUGUUCACAGAAGAAACAGAUUUUGAUCCCAGUAUUAGAUUCUUCGCCACAAAAUUAUAUCCUUUAAAGUAUUAUGAGCUUUCAUUUAUUGAAUUAUGUUGUUAUCAUGGAGCUGUUAAUUGUUUUAAGUUAUUAAGAUCUAAAUUCAAUUCCCAAAUCACCAAAGGUUGCCUACAACUUUCAUUUUUAGGUGGAAAUCCAGAAAUAUUAAAUGAAUGCUUGAAAUAUCAAAAACCAAAUGAUGAAUGCAUGGAUUUCGCAAUUGCAUCACACAACAUUGAUUUUGUUACUUUUUUGAUGAAUGAACACAAAUUACAAAUUAAUUUAAACAAAUGCAUAGAGUACAAGAAUCUUCAAGCAUUUUUUAUUUAUUUGGAUCAAACAAAAGAUAUCAAAAAUUGCUUUGUUAAAUCCACAAGCUUCAAUAUACCAUCUCUUUGUGCAUAUUUGCUUAAUAAUGGUGCAAAUCUCAAGAUGUGUGAUGAAUAUUUUACACCUUUUCAAACUGCUAUUAAUUAUGAUUGCCUAGAAAUGGUAGAAUUUCUUAUUGAUUCUGGAGGAAGUAUUCAUACAGUGGAUGAAUAUGGUAAAAGCCUCCUUCAUGAUGCAGCGGCAAGCAACAGCAAACGAAUUAUAGAAUUUCUUAUUGCGCAUGGUUUAGAUGUCAAUUGUAAAGAUAAUGAUGGUUACACACCUCUACAUCAAGCUGCAGAAUUUAAUUGCUUAGAAGCUACCGAACAACUUAUUGUUCAUGGUGCAAAUAUCAAUGAAAAGUGCGAUUUAGGUGAUACAGCACUUCAUAUUGCCGCAGAAAAUGAUAGUAUAGAAGUUGCUGAGUAUUUUGUUUCACACGGCAUUGAUAUUUUUGCUAAAAACAAUGAAGAGAAAGAUGCUGCAUAUAUUGCUGCAUGGGAAUUCCAUAAAGAAAUAUUGAACAAUAUAAUUUCAUAUCUUCCAAAUGAAAGCGACAAAGAUUCUUAUUAUGAAAUAAUGGAUAGAGAAAGAUAG